AUGGGACUAUCACAGUACAGCGGGAUGUCGGACGGUUAUCUUAUCAUUGAUCUUAGGUUAGAUUUCUCGGAACUUGUUGAUAAGGGAAAAGGUCUCGUGUGCACAUUAAUGAUGAUAAUACUGUACGGUUCCUUUAUCUUUUGUGCUGAUAAAUGGCCGGAAUCGUACCCUGAAAAUGUUGAAAGAAUAGGCCAUGUUUAUGCAAGUACAUCUGGCCAGGAUAUUGGUGCCAGUACUAGUGGUGGUAGAACAGUUGAAGACAAUGAAGAUGGAGAUGAAGAUGAAGAUGAAGAUAAAGAUGGCAGGGGUGUCGAAAGUAGUGAUGAUGAGUACGUCCCAUCGGAUGAGGACUCAGAUGACGACACUGAUUCUGAGUCAUCUUCUUCAGUACUAUAUAUUUUUGACGACAUUACUGGAUGGGAGAAGACUUUAGAGGAAGUAGAUUCUAAUGGGAUAAAAAUAUGGGACGGCAAUCCAGAUGGAAGUCAUGUCCACCGAUAUUGUCUAGAGCAUGUUAAAGCAAACUUGGUUGGGCAUUUUCGAAAGGAGAAACUGGGAGGCAACUGUCAAAUGAUUGGUUCAGCGAUGCAAAAGACAAGGUAUUUGGCAGAGUGGCAAAAAUUAGAAGAAAAAAAUGACAAGGCAAACAUUGAUAUGAUCCAGAAAUGUCAGAAUAUUCUACCUUCUAAGCCCAUGAAACUGUAUGAAGAGGCCCGGAAGAAAUCAAUGAGGCAACAGGUAAAUCGGUUUAGCAAGAGAAACCAGAAGUACGAAGUGGUUACAAUAGCACCUGAUAAUCAACCAUGGAAGGCUGAGGAGAAGCAAGUUGUGCUCUAUGCAGAUCGAGAGUGCACUUGGGGGUGUUGGCAGACUACCGGAUUUCCUUGUUCCCAUGCACUUCGAGUUGCCCGUGAGCUAGGUGACGACCCCUUCCCACUUUUUGAUCCAUGUUACACUACGCAGCAAUGGUGGUCCCGUGAGAAAAAAGUUCAAGGUAUCACGCGGUUCAAUUUGGCCGCCUACCGGGACCAGCUUGCAGUUCUCGCUGAGUCAGAUUUUGUAUGGAUGCCAUACACGACUCUUCUAGGUCAUAUUGCCAGGGUUUGUCUUGUGGGACAUGGCAUCUGGCAAUCUCAGACAUGGCUCAUCUGCGGUGAUGUCGUUGCGCCACACAACCCCAGUAGGGUAUUUCGGCAAUCUGGUUAUCACCAGCGGAUACCCGGCGACGCAUUGCUUCCGACUGCAAGGGAAAUUACUAGGCUGCUCAAGAGGAAGUCGUUUGGAGGAUCCGAUAGGAGAUGGAUACAACAACUAAGGAUAUAUCUCCAGGUUUGGAAUGAUCACCACGGCAGACUUGUUGGGACUGAUGAUGAUUAUGUUGGCGAGCCUACAGCAGAUCCGGAGUAUCUCUUGUGGUACCAUCAGGUUACUGUAAAGUAUGUUACGGAUCCGACGGACUCUGAAAAUACGAGGGGUUUUCACGGCUCUGCAGAGACCUUGCGCCUCAUGGCCACUUUGAUGGAGGACGUUCAUAGUCUGAGUAUUAUAGGCCAGCGUACUUUUGACAAGGAUUCCUUUGGUUAUGAUCGCUUAGGCGAGAUUGCCCAGGUUGCUGAGCGGCGUUGUCUGUCAAUGCAACAAAUGUUUUCAUCCCAUCAGUCUCCACAUCAUUCUUCGCCGAUCCAACAGGCGUUUUACCAUCCCAUUAUGUCUCCCCAGCACCAGCAGUCCCAUUUUGCCUGCACUCAGUUUUCCUCCCCUCAGACUUCCCAGCCUCAGUUUGGAGAUCCUUUUAUUGACUUUUCUGGGAUCCAACAAAGUUCUCUAGAUGACCAGUCGAUACAUUACACGAAUAACUUUCUUUCGAGUAUGUUCAAGGGUGUUGCGGGUCAGUAUCAGGCUGAUGACCCAGCUGGAGGUGAGCGUGAGAGUCAGGGUGAAGAUGAUGAUAAGGAUGAGGCUGAGGAUGCAAACCAGCAGGAUCAGUUUGAGGGUCAGGGUUAUCACCGCCAUGAGGAGCAGGGAUCGAGUCAGACUCUAGGGACUCCACCGUUGGCUGUAAGUAAAGACCAGAGAGUGAUAAAGGAGCCCGAUAGAUUGACUUAUAGCCAUUUUCGAGCUAAAAAGCUCAAGAAGAAGUAG